AUGGGGCUGAUACAAGCGGAGGCAUCUCUCACUAGUGCUGAAGAAAGGUAUACUGAAGCAAGUUGGAGCUUGUCUUCAUAUUCUCCGUCAACGAUGGAAUUAGCGCGAUUAUAUUGGAGUCUUGGGGCCUUUGAACUCGCUCUCCAGAUGUACGACGAUCUUGACGUUCAUCAUUUUGAUAUCGUCAAUAAAAUGGCUAAUGUGGAAGCGGGACGCGAACCACGAUGGGUCGUUGCACUUCGAACAGCUAGUGUUCCGUUUCGAUCCCUUUAUUCAUCGUUUGAGCAACCAAAAAUUGAUUGCAAGAAAGACCACAGCCUCGUUGGUACG